UAGCGAGAAAACACACACACACACACACUACCAGUCACACACUCGCUCGGGCGCGCGCGCAGGAAGGAAGAAGGAACAUUUCUCGUGCUCGCGCCAUUGCAGCCGAAGACGGAACUUUUUUCCUCGAGAUUAUUUUCUCUCUGCUUCCACCCUUCUGUAUUUCAGUACACUUUCGAUGUAUCGGUGUGCGCGCGCGUGUGUGUGAGUGUGUGUGAGGAGGAAGAAAGUCGGCUCCGUGUUCCCCUGUGCUGAAUCGGAACCGAAGCCCUUUGAAGUGUUGCUGUUUCAUGCGCACGCUCUCGAGACGGAUACACAUGAGCGCGCGUGUGUGAGUGUGUUCUGUUUGUAAUAAGGACAUAUACAUACAUACACACACACACACACACACACACACACACACACACACGUCUGUACACGCGUCAUGAACUCCAACACCAUGCUGCCCGGCGGCGGGACGUACGCGAGCAAGAAACGGAAGAAGCCGGUUCAGAAAAUACCGAAGCCUCCUCCACCCGAAGGCUCCAAGUCGAAUCCUUCUAAGCGGCACAGGGAUCGGCUGAACAUGGAGCUGGACAAGCUGACCAGCCUGCUGCCCUUCUCCGAGGACGUUCGCUCCCGGCUGGACAAACUGUCCGUCCUCAGGCUCAGCGUCGGAUACCUGAAGGUCAAGAGUUUCUUCAACGCCACUAUGAAGAAGACAGUGGGCGGAGCUAACGGCUGGCCUGCGGGGACUCUGGGAUUAAACGGACAGACGACCAGCAGCCUGGACGGAGUAAGCUUCUCUGAGGGGAGUUACUGCUGCAGGUGUUUUUGA